CGCUAAAGUCAUGAACUGGUCGUUUCUUGAAGACUAGGGUCUUGCCGUGGUGUAAAGAAAGUCGGGUCGUGAUCGUGUGCUGGACACGGCUGGUUGUCUCGGCACCUGAUUGCUCGCGGAAAGCAAAUCAACAGCUCAGUUGUCUUUCUCUCUCUCUCUCCACUCUGUGUCUGUGUAUGUGUCAGUCUAUUACAGAAUGAGUGGAGGAUACCGAGAUAUUUACUCCGGAGUACUCCAUAAGUGUGGGGGAAGGAUUAAGACAUGGACCAAGCGAUGGAUGGUCCUUCGAUCGGACUACUGUCUCUACUACUACAAGGACGCAACAAAGAACCAUCUCGGAGUCAUCUCGCUACGGGACACCCAGUUUAAAAUCCGGGUCGGCCAGAAAAGCGAUGUCACGUGGCCCAAGAAUCUCGCGUUGGAGAACACGUUUGCGUUGGUGACCACGCCCCGGGUCUACUUCAUGUAUGCCGACACCAAGGCAGAAGCCGAUGAAUGGCGGAAAGUUCUAGAAGACGCCCACCACGACCUACUGGAGGUGACGAGAACAAAGAGUUUUAGUGGAUUCCGCAGUGCGUCACUGGCAGUCGAUAGAGACACUGCGUUGACAUCGCAGAGUCUAAGAGAGCCGGAGGAGGGGUCACUGGUUGGAGGGCUGUUGAGACCAAAGGCACAUUCUUCCGUCUGUGAUUCCCUCGCAUCGAAUGCGAGCUCGGCGUUUGGUCGACAGUUUACUCUCUCAUUGUCGUCGGAAACGGGUUUACCGCUCGCCCCGGUUCAAGAGGUGGAGUCAAUGUACAACGUUCUGCAACAUCCGCUGGUUCAAGUGGAAGAGAAAGCGGGGCCAAAGGUGGAAGAGGAAGAGAAGGGAGGAGAAGAAGGAGAGGAAAGAUUGUUUCUUAACGAAGCUCUGUACAGCCAGUUACCUCCUCCAAGUGGAGUUGUGGAACGGGAAAGUGUUUUGAGCGAGAGCGAACGAGAUUACGAUUACGUCCUGCCUCCGGACGCAGACACUCCUCAGAAUUUCUCAAUCACUGUUUCCAACGGCGACCAACAGAGGUGGGCGGAGCCUCGUCUAAAGGGGUUGGAACUGUUGGAAAAGGGGAGUGGCUCAGCGACGUCAUCUCAAACAUCACUGGAAGCAUUCUACGACUUUGCACGGGAGGCAGGAAGCAACGAUAAACAAACACACAAACAACAACAAGAGGAAGAAUUGGGAGUGUAUGACGUAGUUCGACCUGAAAACAGCUCCGUGACUCCGCCCACCCAAAACAAAUCAACCCGAGCCCCGCCCAAGCCGAACUCAGCUGUUGCGCAACCUCUCCCUGCAAUCCCUGCAAUCCUGGCUCCCAAUUCCUCUCUCCCUCCCCCCUCAUCGAGGACGUUAGAUCAAGGAAUGAUCUACGAGGAUGUCCCUGACGUUCCAAAGACUAAACGAGAAACAGCGGAGCCACCACUACCUGUCUACGACGUAGUGGACACCGCUCGAAUCAUUCACAAGUCAAAACAAGACAAAGAGCCGGUGGUUGCCGUGUACGAUGUUUUAGAACACAAUGGUGACACACGAAACACUAUACAACGAGAUGAAAACAGCGUUGUAGGAGUGUACGAUGUCUUGACAGAGAGUGGGACCUCUGCUGUAUACGAACCAGUGGGAGACGCAGGACCAGAGGAAGAGGAGGAGGAGGAGGAGGAGGAGGAGAUGUACAGUGAGGUUGGCUUUGAGGAGAGGACACCUCCACUGGUGAAGGGGUCAGUUGGAAGGUACGUCAAUGUCCCUCCAACUGGUGGUAGUGACGAGACAAAGGAAGAGGUCACGGGGUCAGGAGGGAGGGUGAACGGAGAUUACGUAAAUGUGAGUCACAGUGGUGAAACUCCACCCCUACCUGCUCAACACACCCCUCCAUCUCCCCAUACCGAACAACUCACUGCUGCCACACCCACUGAUCCACCAACUGCCACGCCCACUGCUCCACCCACUUCCACACCUACUGCUCCACCCACUGCCACGCCCAGAGUCUGUAAUGAAGAUUCUUGCCUCAUUACUCGACCACAACCAAAACCUCGGACUAACACUAGACCUCGCACGUCUGAUCAGUCGCCUAGCAACAGUAACACAGUUGAACAGUCACCUAGCAACAAUAGCACAGUUGAUCCGUCACCUAGCAACAGAGACUCCCCACCAUCGUCAAGUCCCCCACUGCCAAGCCACGCCUCCUCAGAACAGAUUCCCAUUCCAGGCCACGAUAGAUCAGACUCCACAUCCAGCGAUCCCUUCCCACCCUCCCCCUCGUCCCUACCCUCCUACCAGAGGAAAUUCAGUCCCCCCACUUCUCCCCGCUCCCCUCGCUCCCCCCGGCCCCCCUCCCCACUCCUCUCGGACCGCCGCAUCUCUGGAUCUGCAAGGAAUUCAUCACCACAUUCCUCCACCUCUAGUAGCCCCGGCGACGAUGGUUACUUGGCAACCGCUACAAGACAACGGAGUACGUCCCUCAAGGAAAAGGGCAUAGCUCUGUUUCAAAGAAGGCAGCAUGAGGUGGCGAGCCACUCUGCAGAAGACUCGCAGAGAAGAAAAAGAUCUCUCUCCAUGUUGAAGGGGCUUCAGGAAGACGACACUCUGUCAUCUGACGAUAAGAUUCUCUUUGCCGAGACACUCAGAGAGGUGGGGAUCAUGUGACCUUAGUCAUGUGACUGUCACGUGACAAAGUCACUGUAUCCUUUAGUUAACAAACCAUCAUUUGAUGCUCUCUCUCCCGGGCAGGUGGAGAAUGAGAGAAUGAAGGCGAGUGAGGAGAGGUUCCACUGGGAGAGAGAGAGGAUGCAGCUGGAGGAGGAGAGAAGACUCCUGCAGAAGGAGAGAGAAAAACUCAGAGAGGAACUUGAGAUCACUAGGAAAGAAUUAGUCCAGUCGUAGCUAAGGUGUAUGAUUUGUGUGUACAGUCACCCCUUCCCCCAAUGUCACCAGUGAGCCUGGCAUAAUAAUAUUUUGACUGCUUGUAAAGCAGUGCCGUGUAAUUUUUAUGCUCAUGUGAAAAUUUUUGAGGUUACCGUGGCAACGGCGCAUGCGCAUCUAAGACUGACUAACAUCUCCGUGCAAAGGACCGUAAAUCUCUCCGUAUACUGGGUCU